AUGGGACUUAUCCAUUACAAACGUGGUCGAUACAAACUUGCAUUAAAAUAUUAUUCUACAGCUUUCUAUAUUCUCGAAAUUCUUCAAUCCGAUAUAACAAAUACAAAUUAUGGUAAAAUAAGUGAUUAUGUCGGAAUGAUCUACUUUGAGUAUGGUCAACUAAUUGAAGCACGGCAAUAUUCUCUUGAUGGUCUUAAAAUAUUUUUCUCUCAUAGAAAAGAACCACUUUUAUAUAUCAACACGUAUAUUAAUCUAGGUUUGAUUGAAUGCAAAAUCGGAAAUUAUUAUGUAGCUUUAGAUUAUUUUGGACAAGCUGCAGAUCUUUUCUACAAUCAAAAUCGUAUAAAACAUGGCACUGAAUGA